UGCUAAUUGACGUUGUUUAAACAUUGAAAACUAGAAAUCUUAAUAUAAAUAAUCUCUUAAAAAGCAAUUAUUAAAUAAUUCUAGCUGUGCCUGACAACGCACUUUUCUAGUGUACAAGAAAACAAAAAAAAUUUUGCGAAUUUCAUUAAAAUUGUUUAAAAAUUGUUUUUCUAAUUAACUAGACGUUAUUAAAUUGAAAGGAAUAGAAUGUCUGGAGGAUACGAUAGAGCUGUAACUGUUUUCUCACCUGACGGUCAUCUCCUUCAAGUAGAAUAUGCUCAAGAAGCUGUUCACAAAGGCUCAACUGCGGUCGGCGUAAGAGGCAAAACAUCAGUCGUAUUGUGCGUUGAGAAGAAAUCUGUUGCAAAAUUGCAGGAAGAUAGAACCGUUCGUAAGAUUUGUUUACUUGAUAAUCAUGUAGUUAUGGCAUUCGCCGGAUUAACAGCUGACGCUCGAAUUCUCAUCAAUCGAGCACAGAUUGAAUGUCAGAGUCAUAAAUUAAAUGUUGAGGAUCCAGUAACAAUUGAGUACAUUACUCGCUAUAUCGCUCAAUUGAAACAAAAAUAUACUCAAUCAAAUGGAAGACGCCCAUUCGGUUUAUCAUGCUUAAUCGGUGGAUUUGAUUUAGACGGAACUCCACAUUUAUUCCAAACAGAACCGUCUGGUAUUUAUUAUGAAUGGAAGGCAAAUGCAACUGGAAAGUCAGCAAAGACUGUUCGUGAGUUUUUAGAAAAGUUUUAUACACCAGAAGCUGUCGAGACAGAAGAAGGUGCUGUAAAAUUAGCAAUUAAGGCACUACUCGAAGUCGUACAGUCUGGACAAAAGAAUCUUGAAGUAGCUAUUAUGCGCAACGAUAAACCAAUGCAAAUGCUUGAUGCUGAAAGUAUCGAAAAGUAUGUUACAGUUAUCGAGGAAGAGAAUGCAAAGGAAAAGGCUGCAAAACAGGGACAACAGCAACAAUAAGCUAUUACGUCUGUGGUAUGGUAAUUAACAAGCUUUUAUGCUUAUUAUCAAUUCAUAUUCAUUUGAUGGAAUAUCAUCAUAACAAGUAUAAUUUACAUGUAAUAAAAGAUUUCCUUUUUAAUU